AUGGACACAAACCGUCAUUCACUCCCAGGAGCAGAACUGAUCUUUAAUUCAGUGUCUGUGUCAGAUAGGGGUUAUUACAUGUGUAGCUUUGAAGAGGGGGCAGAAUCUGAAGCAAGAGAACUGAGAGUGGAAGAACGUAGACGUAAUGUCAACCUGAGAGCAGAAGAGACAAUCAUCCCAGUGGGAGGCCGUGUGACCCUGACCUGCUCUGUGGAGGAUCCUGCUGGCAUGGAAUAUGAAUUCAGACGUACUUCAGACACUCCUGAAAAACCUUCUGCGUGGCCUGAAAAGGAUAAAAAUGAAGUAGACAUAUCACAUGGAGGCAAAUACACCUGCAGAGGGUGGAGCAGGGAAGGAGAUGUCUUCACACCUAUAAGUGAUGAAGUCACCAUUAAGGAAACUGUUCCCAACAAAGCUGUUGUGACCGUUCAACCAUACUGGCCUCAGAUAUUCAGCGGUGAGAAGAUCACUCUCAGAUGUGAGAUCCAGGGAGGUGGAGACACUAAGUGGACAUAUGGAUGGACAACAACCAGCUCAAACACAUUUCCAACAGACAAGACGUACACUAUUAUCAGUGCUACUGAGUCCCACAGUGGACAAUACCGUUGUCUGGGUAGAAGAGACACCUAUACCUCAACAGAGUGGAGUGAAGCCAUCACAUUGAAAGUCUUGUCAUCAUCAUCAUCUGGUUGGAAAUACUUCUGGUACAGAGGAGAGAAAACCUCUGAACCCCUGACCACAAAAGAUGCUGUCUUUCCCUCAACUGGACAAAUCAGUGUCUCAGUAGGAGGAGUCUACUGGUGCAGAGGAGGAAGAGGAGAGCCUGUUUACUACACAGAAUACAGUCAUUCAAUCACUGUCAACAAAAGGAUUGCAGACAGGGCUGUUGUGACUCUGCAACCAAACUGGUCUGAAUUAUACAGAGGAGAGAAGAUCACUCUCAGAUGUGAGAUCCAGGGAGGUGGACACACUAAGUGGACAUAUGGAUGGACAACACCCAGCUCAAACACAUUUCCAACAGACAAUAGAUACAUUAUUAUCAGUGCUACUGAGUCCCACAGUGGACAAUACCAUUGUCUGGGUAGAAGAGACACCUAUACCUCAACAGAGUGGAGUGAAGCCAUCACAUUGAAAGUCUUGUCAUACAAACCCCGGGCCAAACUAACUGCUGUUAACAGAGACAUUCCAGUAGGGGGCAGCGUGACCCUGACCUGCUCUGUGAUCACAGCAGCAUCAUCAUCAUCAUCAUCAUCAUCAUCAUCAUCAUCUUCAUCUUCAUCAUCUGGUUGGAGAUACUUCUGGUACAGAGACGAGAAAACCUCUCAACCCCUGACCUCACAAGAUGUUGUCUUCCUCUCAAAUAGACGAAUCAGUGUCUCAGUAGGAGGAGUCUACUGGUGCAGAGGAGGAAGAGGAGAGCCUGUUUACUACACAGAGUACAGUUAUUCAAUCACUGUCAACAAAAAACUUGCAAACAAGGCUGUUGUGUCUCUGAAACCAAACUGGUCUGAAAUAUACAGAGGAGAGAAGAUCACUCUCAGAUGUGAGAUCACAGAUGAAGGAGACUCUGAGUGGCAGUAUGAAUGGAGAACAACCAGCUCAAAAAAACCUUCAAAUCAAAAUGAACACCAUAUUAGACCUGUUGAUGCAUCCCACAGUGGGACCUACAGCUGUAAGGGCAGAAUGAAAAGUGCACAGCAGUCUUCAACAGAGUGGAGUGAUCCCAUUACAUUGACAGUAUCAAACGAGCCUGUCCUCACUGUGUCUCCAUCAUGGCUGAGUCCUGGAGCCUCAGUAACUCUGAGCUGCAGUGUUAAAGAUCCAUCUGCAGGAUGGAGGUUCUACUGGUAUAAGGCUGUUCCCAGACUGUCAGACAUCUCCUACAGCUAUGAUCUGCUACCUGGCAGCACCAACGGGACUGAACAGGAUUCCUACAUCGUUGAUGGACAGACACACACAGCAGGAUAUGUGUGCAGAGCUGCAAGAGGAGAUCCAGUGUUUUACACUUAUUACAGUGGACUGAAGUUUGUCUGGUCUGGAGAGUUUGAUUUGUCAGCAUCUCUCACAGUGAGUCCUGACAGAGUGCAACACUUCACCUCUGAGUCUGUGUCACUGAGCUGUGAGGGAAACUCUACUGAGUGGAGAGUGAAGAGUCUUCCUGAGAACAGCUACGGGUCAUACUGCUCCAGCUGGGGGACAAUGACCAGAUCUACAUGUAACAUAAAACAUACCAGACCCAGUGCUGCAGUGUUCUGGUGUGAGUCUGGAUCAGGAGAGUUCAGCAACGCAGUCAACAUCACUAUACAGAAUGAAGAUAUUAUCCUGGUGAGCCCUGUCCGUCCUGUGACUGAGGGAGAUUUUGUUACUCUUAGCUGCAAAUCGAGAGGACAAAUUAGUUCCUCGAAAGUUUUUUUCUAUCGAAAUGGUGAAGUCAUUCAAAAUGACACCAGAAGGGAGCUAAAUAUCUCUGCAGUGUCGAAGUCAGAUGAAGGCCUCUACAAGUGUCGACACUCAGGAACAGUGUCCACACAGAGCUGGAUGUCAGUUAAAGCAGUGUCCAGGCCUGAAAGCUCUUCAUUUCCUGUGCUGUUGAUUAUUGGGCUGGUUUGUGGAAUCAUACUUGUUAUUCUUCUGCUUCUAUUGUGUCGCUUCAGACUGUCCAAAGAUUCAUGCUUUAACAGGCCGAUCCAGACCGAGAGCACCAAUCGGGGCUCCGCCACUAGUGACACGGUCAACCAGAAUGAGGAUCAACGUAAUGAAUAUUCCACUCAUCUCCAUGGUGAUGCUUGUCUCUAUGAAACUAUCAAAUGCUCUGAAGACAAUACAAAUGUUGCAGCUGAAUCCCAGGAUGUCAUGUAUUCUUUGCUUGAAUUAAAAAACAUUGGAAAGGGGAAGCAACAUAACCCAGAGGAGAGCUGUGUGUACUCUGAUGUGAAUAUAGGAACAGCAGAGGACAAUCUCAUGUACGCCCAAGUCAACUACCGCAAUAAAGCUAAAGUCAAGAAGAAGAAAGAUGCUGUGUUGACCAUUGAACCAAACUGGUCCACUUUAUUUACCGGAGAGUCUGUUACCUUCAUAUGUGACAUGAGAGAAGGAGAAGACACCGACUGGUAUUACUUAAUCUGGAAGGAUGGUCAAGAAUUUAUCCGCUCCAAGAACUAUAUAUUACAACAACUAGUUACAAGUGACAGUGGUGUAUACCAGUGCUUUGGUGAUCACAAAAUCUCGUCACCUUUUAGAAAAGAAAGUAAUAAAGUCUCUCUAACUGUAUCAGCAAACAAACCCCGGGCUGAACUGAGUGCUGACAACAGAGACAUUCCAUUAGGGGGCAGUAUGAUCCUGACCUGCUCUGUGAUCACAGCAUCAUCAACAUCAUCUUCAUCAUCAUCAUCAUCAUCUGGUUGGAAAUACUUCUGGUACAGAGGAGAGAAAAACUCUGAACCUCUGACCUCACAAGAUGUUCUUCUCUCAAAUGAAACAAUCCGUGUCUCAGUAGGAGGAGUCUACAGGUGCAUAGGAGGAAGAGGAAAGCCUGUUUACUACACACACUACAGUGAUCCAAUUAAUGUUAACAAAAGGAUUGCAGGCAGGGCUGUUGUGUCUCUGCAACCAAACUGGUCUGAAAUAUACAGUGGAGAGAAGAUCACUCUCAGAUGUGAGAUCCAGGGAGGUGGACACACUGAGUGGACAUAUGAAUGGACAAGACCCAGCUCAAAAACACGUCCAACAGACAAUGCAUACAUUAUAAUCAGUGCAACAGUAUUGUCCCACAGUGGACAAUACUGUUGUAUUGGUAGAAGAGACACCUAUACCUCAACAGAGUGGAGUGAAGCCAUCACAUUGGAAGUCUUGUCAUACAAACCCCGGGCCGAACUGACUGCUGUUAACAGAGACAUUCCAGUAGGGGGCAGUGUGAUCCUGACCUGCUCUGUGAACACAUCAUCAUCAUCAUCAUCAUCAUCAUCAUCAUCAUCAUCAUCAUCAUCGUCUGGUUGGAAAUACAUCUGGUACAGAGAAGAGAAAACCUCUGAACCCCUGACCACACUAGAUGUUGUCUUCCUCUCAAAUAGACAAAUCAGUGUCUCAGUAGGAGGAGUCUACUGGUGCAGAGGAGGAAGAGGAGAGCCUGUUUACUACACAGAGUACAGUUAUUCAAUCACUGUCAACAAAAAACUUGCAAACAAGGCUUUUGUGACUCUGAAACCAAACUGGUCUGAAAUAUACAGAGGAGAGAAGAUCACUCUCAGAUGUGAGAUCACAGAUGAAGGAGACUCUGAGUGGGAGUAUGAAUGGACAACAACCAGCUCAAUAAAACUUUCAAAUCAAAAUAAACACCAUAUUAGACCUGUUGAUGCAUCCCACAGUGGGAACUACAGCUGUAAGGGCAGAAUGAAAAGUGCACAGCAGUCUUCAACAGAGUGGAGUGAUCCCAUUACAUUGACAGUAUCAAACAAUAAACCUCAGCCUGUCCUCACUGUGUCUCCAUCAUGGCUGAGUCCUGGAGCCUCAGUAACUCUGAGCUGCAGUGUUAAAGAUCCAUCUGCAGGAUGGAGGUUCUACUGGUAUAAGGCUGUUCCCAGACUGUCAGACAUCUCCUACAGCUAUGAUCUGCUACCUGGCAGCACCAACGGGACUGAACAGGAUUCCUACAUCGUUGAUGGACAGACACACACAGCAGGAUAUGUGUGCAGAGCUGCAAGAGGAGAUCCAGUGUUUUACACUUAUUACAGUGAAUCAAAGUUUGUCUGGUCUGGAGAUGUUCAUCCAGCAGCGUCUCUCACAGUGAGUCCUGACAGAUCACAGCACUUUUACCAAGAGUCUCUGUCACUGAGCUGUGAGGGAAACUCCACUGAGUGGAGAGUGAAGAGGUUUUCUGAACCUAGCACUGUGUCUCCUUGUUCUUCCUUUGGGACAAUGAAUGGAUUCACAUGCAACAUAGACCGUUACUGGAUUAGUGGAGUGUACUGGUGUGAGUCUGAAACAGGACAGAUCAGCAAUGCAGUCAACAUCACUAUACAGUUUGGUGAUAUUAUCCUGGUGAGCCCUGUCCUUCCUGUGGCUGAGGGACAUUCUGUCACUCUUAGCUGCAAGUUGAAGACAGAAAAUGUUCUUCAUAAUGUGGAUUUCUAUAAAAAUGACAAACUCAUACAGAAUAAUACAAGAGGAGAGCUGACUAUCUCUGCAAUGUCAAAGUCAGAUGAAGGCUUUUAUAAAUGUGAAGGAAACAAGUCACCAGGUCGGUGGAGUCAGACGUCAAAAGAGAGUUGGAUGUCAGUAAAACCAGCGUCCAGGCCUGAAGAAAUCUCUCCAUUUCUUGUGCUGUUGAUUGUUGGGCUGGUUGGUGGAGUUUUACUGAUUCUUCUCCUGCUGCUGUUUCUGUAUCGCUACAGAAAGUCAAACGAUUCAUGCUUCAGCAGGUCUCAGAGCACCAAUCAGAGCCCUGCAACAGACCACAUGAUAAACCAGGAAGAAACUCAACACAAGGAAUAUGCUUCUGUUCUCCAUGGUGAUGCUUAUCUCUACGAAACAAUCAAAGGCCCUGAAGAACCUGAACAUGAUGAAUCCAAGGAUGUCACAUAUUCUGUGGUCGAGCUUAAAAACAUUGCUAAAAAGGGGAGGAAUAACGAGCCAAAAGAGAGCGCUGUUUACUCGACUGUGAAGAUGGCAUCAGCUGCAGACUACAACCUGUUAUAUGCCCAGGUACACUCCCACACUCAAACCAAGAAAGAUACAGGUCCUAAAGCAGCAGAUGAAACUGUUUAUUCUGAAGUCAAACCAGGAACAGCUCUUGGUCAAUAAAUACAUCCGUCUUGACAAAAUCAACAGAAUGGAUAACAACUUGAAAACCCACAUCAUUAUUUUAAUAAUAUUUACAGCUGUAUGUAAUCAUUGUGUGCACCUUUGUUUAUUUUGUACGGUCAAUCUAAUAGCAGUUUAUUUACAGUAAAUACAUCAUAUGUCUUUAAUCUUCUUUUAAAUGUUUGGUUGAUUGCUGUAUGCUUAAAUAAACUUUUGCUUCAACAGUA